AUGAAGCAACUUAAGCCGGUCAUCAAGAGCGCGGAAUAUGUCGAAAAUUCGGACAGUGAGGAGGUCGAGCAUACCACAAGAAGAGACCAUGAGAAGCCUAGACAAGCCAAUGAUCUCAAGGCGAAGUCUACGAGAACUACAAAGUCAUUUAAUCGCGCUUCACAAGGACCAGGAGGCCGACAAGAUCAAAGGACGAGUGGGUCAGACACUACCAAGUCUGACAGUAGGGCAACACAAGAGACCCCGAUCACAAGCAGGAGCUUAGGAGACUCGAGUGUACGGGGCGAGUCCGAUGCAUCGACUAGCUCAGAAGUCGAAAGCCCUUUGCAUCAUAAAACAAUCCAGGCUAGAUUGCAAAAUCAUUCGGCUCCAAAGCAUAGCUUAAGUGUCAAGCCACCUAGCGGAAGAGCCUCACUCGAAGCAUCAGUCUCCAGCGAUGAACAGCUUGGGAAUGAGGCAUCGUCAGAUGAAGAGGAAGCGCAGCGAGGUCGCAGCGAAACCGAGAGCAACAGCUCAGAGACAGGCUCAGAUAAAUCCCCACCAAUAUCUAGCAGAAGCCCAUCACACGCCGCGAGACAAAUGGUUGCUUUUGCUCCACCACCAUCAUUUGAACCAGCGGAUAUCGCGUCACGGCCCCCUUCUAAGCUCGAAAGCGCAUUCUCAAGCGCUCAAUUAGAUGGAAGACAAAUAUGGCACAUAACUGCUCCCUCCUCAGUACCGUUCUCCGCCUUGAAGGGAAUCACCACAAGAAAUAUCACAGAUGGCUCGUCUGUUCUAAGUCAUGCGGGGAAUGAUCAUGGAUUGGUACCUCGUCUAGAUACCGACGCGACUGGUUCCGAUAUAUUGCUUGUCGCCUCGACAGAAGCCAAUGAAUACGUACAUGUGAAGAUUCCCAUCUCGAACACUCUCAACCUACAGCGGGUUGUAAAGCUGCCAAGCCACGUUCCGAACCAACACGACCAAGCAGAUCAAAAUAUCGCAACGAUUCGUAAAUCUACUAAGCCAAAGAAUGAACAGCCUGAGGGUCUCAGAAUGCGCUAUCAAGCAUUUGGAAUACCCAGUGCUAGUCCCUCCGGUUCGGAGUCAAGACAUGUGCGCCCGGUAACCCAGAAGCCUCAGUUCAAGAUCCCCAAACCCACAGAGCAGGAGGUCCAAAAGAAAAGAAAGCAUGCAGUGACUCAGUCUCCAUCUAACGAACCCGGCACAACACCUUCCGCGAAGAAAGCGAAAGCUGUCGCUAUGGACGAUGAUCAUGACUUACUGAAAAUCAACAGAAGUCCCGAGACCACUUUAGAUUCGAUAAAGAUCAAAUCCGCGAAGAAGGAGCGAAGAAGAGAAAAAGCUAAACGAAAAGCCGAAGACGACCAAAACAAAUUAUUGCAACCCUUCAACGUGCCGCGAUCUAUUUCAUCGGAUUUGCAGGGUUUGAGGAAGGCAGAGGUUAUCGAUGAUUUACAAGCAGUAGACGAGGGGAUCCAUAUCGAGGAUGCUGUGACAAACGUAACAGAGGACAUGGACAUUGAUGAAGACCGUGCGAAUGAAGCACUCACAAAUCACAAAGACGCCGAUCAUUCGCCCAAGUUUGAUUUUGAACAGGACUUGGCAGAUGAGCCAUUCGUGAAUGAUGUCUCUUAUGCAUCGCUAAAACAGUCUUCGCCUCUAAAUAUUAGCCAGGACGCGAAUCAUGUGAAGUCGGAGACCAGAGAAGAGAGAAGGCAACGAAAGGAAGAAAAGAGGCGCCGAAAAGAGGAGAGACGUAGUGUGAGAGCACUACAGCAUACCGAUGCAGAGAAGCCCAGCUUUGAUGCUGUGGAAGAAGCAAUUAAGCGACUACCGCCAAGCAAAAGUACGUCUCCUAAAGUCAAGGCACCCGUUGACGAAGACGAUGAGCUAGAAUAUGAACCUAUUGCACCAUCGCCGCCGCAGGUGCGCAGUCCCUCCAAUAGCCCAGAAGCAAGCCAGCCCACUCAUAAAGCUGCUGAUGAGGUAGAAGAAAAGGCUCGACUGAAAGAAGAGAAGCGGCAAAGGAAAGAGGAAAGGAGACGCUUGAAGGAAGUGAAGAGGGCAGCGAAACGAGAGACCGUAGCUGAAGAAGCUGAACAUAAGGGGACGUCUCUCUCCAAACCAGAAUUGACUACGGUGAUACCGGCAAAGACGAAUACGUCUGCCGCGGUAGCUGCCCCUAAAUCAACUCAGAAAGAAGAAAAGCGGCCGCAUCGACCUGUGGAGACUCUGAAGCCGUCUCCAGUCACUAAGGCUGAAGAUAAGAUCCGCCCUUCAACGGAGAAAGACAGAUCUUCAUCGAAGCCAGCAGCAAAACUUCCUAGCCAGGCGCAGUCGAAUGUGAAGAACCCGUCUCAUGGAAUCGAUGCAACUAUCAAUGAAGCAAAAGCAGAACACACGCCCCCCAUCACAAAGAAACGAAAGCGGCAGACUAUCGCACGUCCAGAGCUGAUGGAGCCAGUGACACCAGCCGUCGACGACGCAGACAGCGCCAUUAGUAAGCCCAACCCGAUCACUAAAGACAGCGACAAACCAAAGCCCAAAAAGACAAAGACUAUCAACCACCCCCCAGCACCCCGAUCAUCUUCACCUCAACCCAAGUCAUCUUCUCCCCCCAUUUCAGCCCCUCGCAGAACAUCAGAUCCCAAACCCACCCCCUUACCUUCCUCAGCACAACCACCAUCAUCCACCAACCCCUCCAAAAAGACACCCAAACCCCCUAAACCCUCCGAGUCAAAAGCACCCUCAAAAGCACCCUCAACAGCACCCCCAAAACUCGAACCAGAGAAGAAGAAAUCCGCCACCAAAAAACGCAAUACUUCCACGAACAAACCCCCAUCGUCCUCUCUAGCGACAUCAGCGCCCCCCAAGCAGUCUCCCCUUCAACGUCACGUCCAUGGAAGGUUUGUUCAGGAGGAACAGCACGGUUUCGUCAGGGGAACAGCAGAAGGUCGAGAAAAGGCGGGGCAGUAA